AUGGUUUACCCUAUGCCCCUGAUCAGCGAUCUGCUAGAAGAUCUGGACAAAGCUCUAUGGUACUGCUCGCUAGACAUGGCCAGCGGUUUCUGGGUCUCAUUCCUGGGCAGUCUAAAUUACUACAGCCGAUUCAUCGAAGAUUAUGCCAUCUAUGCCUCGGUAUUACGUGAAGUGGAGUUUGCAGAACUGGAGAAACGAUCGGAUCUGAGUGAGAUCUUGGACCGGAAUGACCCGAUUUUGACGGCACCAGUGGACGAGAGAUGGAUCAAGGCGCAUAGGGCCUUCAUCACCCUAAAAACCAAGAUCGCGACUACCCCAGUCCUCCGUCAUUUCGACGAGACGAGAACGCCGUCGACGGGGUUGCAGGGUCGCCUGGGACAAUGGUCUGCCCUCCUGACCCCAUGGACACUCGAGAUCACGAAGUGCACGAAGGGUGAGGAUGAGAUACUGGGGGCGAUCGAUGCUAGCAUCACGCCGAGGGCGAAGAUCGACGACGCUUUGACCGAGAUCGCUCCUCGGAAAGAACCUAAACGCCGGAUCCCAGCGCCAAUACCCACCGUAGAUCGAGACGAGGAACUAUGGGUGAUCAGUUUUGACGGAUCCGCCCGAGUUAAGCGCGGUGGGGUGUGGAGUCUGCCCGGAUGGGAGGCGGUCAAGGCCAGAUCAGGCUAUCUCGAGAGCCUCACCGUGAACGAAGCCGAAUAUAACGGCCUGAUCCUGGGACUCGACAUGCUAGAGGGCUUAGAUCGCAGACGCCUGGUGAUCUGCGGGGAUUCUAACCUGGUGAUCCAACAAGUACGGGGUGAGAUCGACUGCAAAUCACCCGGACUGACGCUAUUGAAACGGAAAGCCCUCGAUCGGCUGAGGAUAUGGAGUGAUCAUGAGUUGGUACACGUCAAGAGGGACUGGAACGGAAGUGCCGACAGUCUAGCAAGUGCCGCUUUGCAACGGCAAGGGGGAUCGAGGUCCAGUAGGUGCCCGGGUACCAGGAUCUGGUUACCC